GAUAGUAUAGGAAGAUGAUUGCCCCUCUGCGGCCGCCGUAGCCGAACAGGAAACGUUAUUGGUCCGGCUUUUUUGCCGCGUUGGACUUGGACCGGCCGGCUGAGCCUGGGGAUGGCUGACUCUGCGAGCUUGCGAAUGCAUCUGUGCACGGAACAGUUCGGCUCCCGAGCCCCGCGCGGCUGCCGCGCUGCCGCCGACGGGAGCCUGCAGUGGGACGGGGCUCGGCGCUGGGGCUGGCUCUCCCGGGCCCCGACAGCGAAACCCGGGCAGGAGGCGGGAAGCGGGGCACCCUUGGCAGCGCUGCCCGCGCUUUCGGGCCUCAGAGCCGUGCUGCUGCCUCAGGGCUUCCCCGAUAGCGUCAGUCCGGAUUACCUGCCCUACCAGCUGUGGGAUUCGGUGCAGGCCUUUGCUUCCAGCCUCUCCGGCUCCCUAGCCACCCAGGCAGUGUUGCAGGGUUUAGGGGUAGGCGACGCAAAAGCCUCUGUUUCAGCUGCCACGUCUACCUGGCUCCUGAAAGAUUCCACGGGCAUGCUGGGCCGCAUCAUCUUUGCCUGGUGGAAGGGGAGCAAAUUGGACUGUAAUGCAAAGCAGUGGAGGCUCUUUGCUGAUGUCCUCAAUGAUAUAGCAAUGUUCCUGGAGAUUAUGGCUCCUAUGUACCCAGUUUUUUUCACCAUGACUGUCAGUAUCAGCAACCUAGCCAAGUGUAUUGUGGGUGUGGCUGGCGGGGCCACUCGAGCUGCGCUGACCAUGCACCAGGCCCGAAGAAACAACAUGGCUGAUGUGUCAGCUAAGGACAGCAGCCAGGAGACAGUGGUGAACCUAGCCGGGCUCCUCGUCAGCCUGUUGAUGCUUCCUCUGGUAUCAGACUGUCCGAGCCUCGGCUUUGGAUGUUUCAUCCUCCUGACUGCUCUCCACAUCUACGCCAACUACCGGGCAGUCCGAGCCCUUGUCCUGGAGACUUUGAAUGAAAGCCGGCUCCAGCUGGUCCUAAAGCACUUCCUUCAGAGGGGAGAAGUACUUGAGCCUGCUUCAGCCAAUCAGAUGGAGCCAUUGUGGACAGGUUUCUGGCCAUCCCUGUCUCUGUCCCUGGGUGUUCCGCUACACCACUUGGUCUCCAGUGUCUCCGAUCUGAAGCAGCUGGUCGAAGGGCAUCGGGAACCCUACCUCCUUCGCUGGAACCAGUCCCACAACCAGGUCCAGGUCGCUCUGAGCCAAGUGGCUGGCCCUGAGGCUAUCUUACGGGCUGCCACUCACGGGCUGGUUCUUGGAGCCCUGCAGGAAGAUGGACCCCUUCCAAAAGAGCUCGCAGAGCUAAGGGAGCAGGCUCGGGCUGGUCCUAAGAAAGAAAACUGGGCUCUCGUCAGGGAGAUACAUCAAGUGUUGGACACGCUGUUCCCAAAGUUCUUGAAAGGACUGCAGGCUGCUGGCUGGAAGACUGAGAAACACCAUCUAGAAGUGGAUGAGUGGAGGGCCACAUGGCCCCUGUCUCCAGAAAAGAAGGUCUUAUGAGCAGCCCGGCUGGAGACCCAGAGCCCAGGACAGGAACCUGGAGCAAGGACGCUUUGGCCACAGCAGGAUAUUAGAAGGGCAACUUUAUUUUUGCAUAGGCAAACUGCUACGGCCAGUUGGCCACUAUCUUGUGGAGAGUGACAACCAGUCAAAUGGACUGGACCCCAGGCAAAGAGGAGGGAACCAGUUUCUUCCUUCCACAUUCUUGCCCCUUUUUCUUUUUUGGGAUCCACUAUACAAGGUCCCCACCCUCACUUUCUGUGAGACUCAGGCAUGUCCUGGUUGCAGUCAUGGUAUUGAACAAA